UGGCUGGCGUCAUCGGGUGUGGAAUUAAGAAGGGCCCGUUCAGUGUGUGGACAUAAGUAACGACACCAUUUCCGACCUUCAAUCGGGAUUCAACUCCCAAGCGCGAUUGGAAAAGACAAAUAAUCAAGGACGGCCCUGAGUUUAUCUCGUUUGCUCGUCUUAUGAAUAUUAAGUAGUUGUUGUAGACCUCCUUCAAACCGGAACUUGUGACGGGACGGGUCACGUUUGGCAUCUGAACCAGAGGCAACAUCGCGCCGGUCUUUCGUCAGACGCACGGCGGGGACUGAGAGGAGAAGAGAACCAUGGCUCUCAGGGGACAUCUGAUAAAAAUUGCCCGUACUCGGGCACUCACAGGCGGCCAGCCGAGACGAGCCCAGUCGGUGGCCGUGCUGGGGGCUCCCUUUUCCCAAGGACAGAAAAGAAGAGGGGUGGAACACGGCCCUAAAGUGAUCAGGGAUGCGGGGCUCAUCGAGCGGCUCUCCGGUUUAGAUUACGCCGUGCACGACUUUGGCGACCUCACCUUCCACUACCCGGAGCUGGAUGAGCCCUACAUGAACGUGAAGUUCCCUCGCACGGUGGGUGCCGCCACAAAGAAGCUCUCGGGCGCUGUGAGCAGAGCGGUGGGUGCUGGUCACACCUUGGUCAUGCUGGGAGGGGACCACAGCCUUGGAAUCGGAUCCGUGGCGGGCCACGCCCAACAGUGUCCUGACCUUUGCGUCAUCUGGGUCGACGCACACGCCGAUGUGAACACACCCGAGACGUCGCCUUCGGGGAACCUCCACGGGCAGCCGGUGGCCUUCAUGCUCAAAGAGCUGCAAGACAAGGUGCCAGAUCUCCCGGGGUUCUCGUGGGUGAAGCCAUUCCUCUCCUGCAGGGACCUGGUGUAUAUCGGGCUUCGGGAUGUGGACCCCGGCGAGUACCACAUCCUGAAGAACUUGGGGAUCCAGUACUUCACCAUGAGGGAUAUCGACAGACUCGGCAUCCAAAGGGUCACCGAGGUUGCUCUCGAUCACGUACUGGCAAGAAAACAAAGACCCAUCCACUUGAGCUUUGACAUUGAUGCAUUCGACCCGUCUCUGGCUCCCGCUACGGGAACGCCGGUAAACGGAGGGUUGACCUACAGGGAGGGCAUCUACAUCACAGAGGAAGUUCACAACACAGGUCUGCUGUCGGUGAUCGACAUGGUGGAGGUGAACCCUGUGGUGGGGUCGACCCGGGCAGCCGCGCAAGCGACCGCCUCGUUGGCCGUCGACGUCAUCGCGUCAUCCCUGGGGCAGACGAGAGAGGGCGCCCACGGGGUCAUUGACGAGAUCCCGUCGACAAAGGACCACGUCGACACGGAGCAGCUUUGCCUCUGAGAGCUCGGGAGCAAACAAAACCACAGACUUCUUCCAACACGCCAAAAGCAUUCCACAGUGUUGCGUAAAAAACCCUGCCCCUCCUCGCCCCACCCUGCCCACCCCCCAAAAAAUCUAAACUGAAUCCAAGAGCCGCAGUGUUCGUUUUUUUUUUUUUACCGCAGAAAGUAUUUGUCUGUCUGUCUCCAAGGGUUUGUUAUGUAACAAUUGAGAGAGCAAACACGACUUAUUUAUUUAGCUAUUUUAUGCGAGAAGGGAUGGAUGCCUGCUAUUUAUUUUUUAGGUUUGGUUUUAAAAAAAAACUAGUGAUUAGAAACAUUCUGCAAGUGUUUUUGUAGAUGUAGCGAGAAGUAGAAAUUCAUAUGGGUAUACACUUGUAUUUUCCUGUUUAUUUUUUUUUCCAUUUACAUUGAAACAACUAAUACUGUAAUACAAAAUGUGUGAGUAUAAACAAUGUUACACAAACUUUAAUUCAAAGGCUCGAAGCUACAAUUUCAAAUUAAAUUAAAACCACUAACUUUCCAGGCAUUUAUGUACUUGUAUUAAAGAGUUUAUUUUCUGGUC